AUGUCUUCCUUGCAGCUGAGGACUGUGGUUUUUGUGGCGUGGGUGUUGUUCUACGUGGGCUUUCUUCUCGCCGUCAGAAGAAUGUGGACAGGCAGGUACGUGCGCAGUCCCGUGGUGCGCGCCCUAUUAACUGUCAACACGAUGAGCGAGACGAUGGCUCCUGAAUAUGACGAGUGGUACCGGUGUGUCCCAGACAUCCUGGGAGACAAACUGCAGCCCCUCUUUGUUCAGAGCAGCCUGGACCGGGACACAAAAGUUUUCCUUAAACGCAGCAUGGAAAAAUCAGGCUGGCUCUUCACUCAGCUUUACCACUCAUUUGUGUCCACUGUCCUCAGCCCUGUGGUUUCACGCACAUCAAUCAAUGGUUUUCUGAGUCGUGGGUCCAUGUUUGUCUUCUCAUCGGAGCAGUUUCAGCGCCUCCUCAGAGUGGGCCCGGAGUGGAGAGCUGACCGGCUGCUGGACCUGGGGGCUGGGGAUGGAGGAGUCACUCAGAUCAUGGGCCCUCACUUUAGGGAGGUCUAUGCCACUGAGGUCUCUCCGCCCAUGAAGUGGCAUCUGCAGAGGAAGAAUUACAAAUUGCUGGACAUAGAUGAAUGGCAUCAGACUGGGUUUAAAUAUGAUCUCAUAAGCUGUCUAAACUUGCUUGACCGCUAUGAUGAUCCUCUGGCUCUUCUACGAGACAUACACAAAUCCCUCGUCCCCAAAACUGGCAGACUCAUCCUGGCUGCAGUGGUGCCUUUCCAGGCUUAUGUGGAAGUUGGAGGGCAGUGGCAGCGCCCCAAAAAACAUUUAAGGAUUAAAGGAAAAACUUGGGAGGAGCAAGUGACGAACUUGUCCACAGAGGUAUUUGAAAAGACUGGGUUUGAAGUAGAGGCAGUGACACGACUACCUUACCUCUGUGAAGGUGACAUGUACAAUGAUUAUUAUGUACUGGAUGAUGCGGUCUUUGUCCUAAAACCAACAAGUCAAAGUCAGAAUGUCCAAUGAACCCCAGAGCGUUGUGGAAUAUUUAAUGAGGAAUCACAAGGCACUUUUUUCCUCAAGACCUUCAUAAUUUAAAACCUGCAGUGUUGUUUUAUUUUCAAUUUGAAUGUGAAAAAAACCAUAGUAAAUGUGCUAUAACUAUCUAAAUUUGGUGCAUGAUAAAAGACUUGGACACUUUAAUUAAAUUUUCAUAAGCUGCCAAACAUUCAUAUCAUUUGUAUAUGUUUUAUCUUGUCAAGUUAUGUGUUUUUUGUUGAAAAAUUGAAUUGGAAAUCACUGCCUUAAACAAUUGUAAAUGGAAAUGUAACUGAACUGCUAUGGAAUAAUAUCAAUUUAGUUGUCACUAAUGCAUUGCAUGGCCAAAAGUACCCAUCUGGACUUAACCAUUUGUAACUGUUUAAAGGUCAAGAGGUCCCAUUUUAAAAUGAGACAUUAAGUCUCAAGAGGCCAAAAAUGCCCCCAGUCCAUAAUUAUGUUCAGAAUCCACCAAUUGAUUUUGGUCUUCUCUGGUUAUAUUGCGAGAUAACAAUGGCAGGCUUCUUCAGGGUCAGAUUAUGGGAAAGGUUCAGGGAAAAAUCAGACUUUCCAACAUGCAACAAAAUCCAACUGAUGACUUUUUUAACCAGGCAGUGUAUAAAGAAAUUGAACUGUGCCAUGUUGUGUGUUUCAAUCACAUUUUUAAACCAUUAAAUAAGAAGUACUGUCUU